AUGUCCUCCUUCUUGGUCAAGGAUGGAGAGCAGCACCCCGUUCAACUCCCGUUGAGUACUGUCGCGCUCCUGCCGGCGACGAGAGAACGUAGCGGCGAUUCAAACAACGUGCAGUGCUGCUCCAUCCCGCCCAUCCAUUGUCUCCUCUUCUACUUCCUUCAUCCCUUCUUUCUACCCUUCCCAUCUUCCUCAACAUCCCACGGAAGCACGUGCCACGUCAUCCCUCCCAUAUCGGCAGCUCCGUCCGACCUCCCUCUUCCUCCCACCCCGGCUCCCCAAUUUCUCUGCUCGCCCCCACGGCGCACCCGCACCGGUGACGGCGGCGCUUGCGACAUACGUGCUUCUUCUACACCCUCUGCGCACGAUCCCUGCACUGAAUCGCGCCGCCGCAGUUCGGAUCGAAGCCGCCGUCAAACCCUACCCGCCGCCGCUCGAUUCCUCUCCGACAUCACCGACAGCGGCCCGGAGGAGAGAUCCAGGCCCGCGCUCUGUAGGCCGAAUUUCAAGGUUCUCACGGAGAAGAGGCUUCUGGAAGUUAAUUCUGCUAGGAUGGCUGAUUGGUCUAAUCUUCAGACUGAUAUUGUUGGUUCAAUUGUAAGGAAGCUUGCCAUCCCUGACUAUAUCAGAUUCCGCGCCGUAUGCACCUCGUGGAACCGUGUCUGCGUCUGCAGGGAUGUAUCCAAUGAUCCAAGGGUAGACCCAUGGCUGAUGCUCCCCACAAAGACGCUUGAGGAUGCUAAAUUUUUCAGUAUACCUGAAAGAAAGAAUGAAACCAUCCGUAUCCUGAGUACUGCCACGAUCUUUGGCUCCUUGUGGACUCCUGUUGGUUCUUCCCAUGGCUGGCUUGUCUUCUUCAACCUGAACCAGGGAACUAUCCAGUUGGUUAAUCCCAUCAGCGGCGGUCAGUUUGAACUACCCCCACUCGGACGCGAGCACUUCUCCAAGGCGGUGUUGCUUGACAUGAGUGAGAGCAACUUCAGUGUUGCUAUCGUCUAUGGCAAUCGAAAAGGAUAUAAGGUGACACGCAAAGGAAGCAGAAGCUGGUCAUUUGUUGAUUCCAAACAUAUCCUAAUUGAUAUUUUCAAGCACAGAAGGCAACUUUACACCAUCGACAUAUAUGGCACUGUCGAGGUGUGGGCAGAGCCACCCCGUUCAUGGCCGGAUGCAGACGGCCCGCUUGUUGAUCCAUAUAUGCAUCCUAGCCUCGCCCAGCGGAAAUUUAACUGUCUGGUGGAGACCCCAGCUGGUGAUCUCAUGAAGGUUAAGCGCCAAUCUCAGAACAAGUUUGCGGUGUGGAUCCUGAGCAGAGAGACAUCUUCAUUCGAGAGCACCGAAGACAUUGGGGAUUUUGCUUUGUUUGUCAGCCACCACAACUCGUUCUGUUUCCCGACCAAGGACCAUCUGAACCUCAAGGCGAACUGCGUCUACUUCAUCGACAACUACAAGAACCUGUGUGCGUUCAACCUCGAGCAUGGGACCAAGGAGCUCAUACAAGGCCUCGAAACUCCGGCGCUCCCACGACAGGACGCAUUCUUAUGGUUCAUACCUUCACUGAAAUGAUGUAAAAGCAGCCGUGUGCCUAUAUCGUAUAGUUGAUCGCUAAAACCUGA